CGUAAUGCGAGUGGCCGGUACUCCAGGGUUUCUUCUGCGACUUUGGCGGGCUUGCUUUUUCUGUCUUCUACUCUUCUUCUCUCACGAAAGGUAUUCUCCUCUCUCUCUCUCGCGCCCUUGCUUCUUGAAACCCAUGGAGGCCUUCCUGAGAUCUAAGGAGUCGCCCUGCAAGAAGAGCGAAGAAGAUGGAAGUCAGGCUCUGAAACGCUUCAAAUCUCGGCUCGGCGAACGCCAACUUCGUCAUCCCACGGACAGUUCCCUCAUCGUAAGGAUUGCUAAACCACAAUCCGAUAUCGCCACAGAAUAUCCUCCGAAGCCCGCAUCAGAAGAAUCUAGCAGUGUCAAGGAAGGGCAUGAAGCUUCUUGUAGUAUUUACAUACCUAUGAUUUUGAGGGUUGUGGUCAUCAAUGUCAAUUCUGAUCUCUUAUCCCAGAAUAGCAUUCAGUUCUUCAAGCUUUUCAAUGAAAUGAAGAAAGAAUCAAAAGUGGGACAUCUAAUUAUUCAGAUUGAAGAAUCUGAGGAAGACACCUUUUCUGGUCUUCUAGAGUUCAUAUACUUCCCUGCUCAGUUUGAAUCCCCAUCUUCUUAUAGAGAGAUUGUGGAUCUGCUAUUGAUGUCAGACAAGUACCAGGCUCUCUCAUGUGCUAAGAAAUGCAUCAGCCUGCUGAUUGCGAGACCAGAAUGGGCACUUUCCUGCUUUGAGCUUGCUGCAAAAGUGCACUGGGUUGAUCUAAGUCACUUACUGACCAAGUCAGUGAAGCAGUACUUUGCUUACAACCCUUGUGAAUUAAUCAGCCACAAGAAUGAACUCCUGAAGCUGCCGUUUGUUGGAAUAGAGGCACUCUUCAGUGGGGUUUCACUUGAUGUGGAAACUGAGGAUGUUAUCUAUCAAUUCAUACUGGACUGGGCUAAGACCCAUUUCCAGAACCUGGAGGACCGCUGCUCUGCCAAGGAAUUGCACCUUGAAAGCUUUAUCCACUUCCCUUAUCUGGCAUGCCAUAGGCUGGAAGAGGUGCUGCAAUAUGAAUUCUUUGACCGUGAAUCCUUAAAAAAGGCUGUAAUCGAGGCUCUGAAUUUCAAGGUCAGCAUGCCAUACCACCGCAGGCUUGCCUCGGAAGGGUGUGACAGCAACCAAUUUAUCGAGCGGGAUUAUAGGCGAACACCGAUAAGUGUUACCAGGCUUUCAUCUUUUCAUCUUGAGUGCUGCAAGGUCUAUUUCAGUCUUACAGAGAAUGAACUGUGGGACAUGUACCCAGGAGGUAGAAGAGAGUUUGAGACUUUUCAGCUUGGUGAUCAUCUCUUCAGUCUAGUGGCUUCCUGCAGCAGUGGAACUAAGAGACAUUAUUUUCAGCUAAGCAUUACUGCUCAAGGGAACCACUCAGAUGAGGUGGUCUACACCAUUAAGUAUGAGGCAAUGUGCCAAGAGAAGUUUAUGCUGAUUGAAAGAGGCUCUUUGGUAGGAAAUGGAACUUAUUUCUGCGAUGACAUGUUCAACAAAAGCUGGGAGGAUACUUUUACCAGCAAUUGUCAUUUCUUACUUGGUGGCAUUCUUCACCUAUGUGUGGAGAUUUCUUAUUUCCAGUAAGAUGGCUUACAUGACCGUCAGUUUCCUGCUAGGAUUUAUCAUCAUCCCGAAAGGUAGGAUGGUGGAAUCACUCUCAAUUUGCUCAAAUGAGCAGGCAAUGUGGGAGGGGUCUAAAGAUGGAGAUCUUAGGAAGCUUGUGUAGUGUAGUUUGAAAUAGCAUAAGAAGCUUUAGUGUAGUUUGAAAUAAAGAAAACAGCUUGCAUAGUUAAAGUAGCAUGCUUUGUACCUAUAUUUGGUUAUGUGGAGUUCCAUUCCUGCAUGGAUUGUGCAAAA